GGCGUGCCUCCGCCUCCCCUCCCCUGUCCCCUGUCUCGCGGAGGAUUCAAACCCCUUGCGACGGCAUCACCACCAAACGCGAGCUCGAGACCGACCAAGAAAGGAGCGAGCACCAGCACGGGCACGGGCACGGGCACGGGCAGCCGCCGCCCCCUCCAGUCCCCUGCCCUCCCGGCGCCGCAAGACCCUCACUAAACCCUAGCACCCCAUCGCCACAACCGGCGCAUCUGCUGCCGCAUCCAUGGACUUCUACUCCGACGACGACUCGGACCCCGAUUUCGACGAGGGCCUCCAGGAGGACCUCGACCUGGUCCGCCGCUCCUGCAUCAUCGCCGGCGCCGACCCGGACGCCGCCGUCGCGCAGGCCUCAUCCUACCUCACCGUCCCCGCCGCGACGACGACAGCGGCGGCGGCGGCGGCCAAGGCAACAGAUGGCUCGUCGGACGAGGGGGAGGGGGAGGACGAGGACGAGGACCUCGCCCUCGUCCGCAGCAUCCGCGAGAACCUCCACCUGAACAAGGCCUCGCCCUCCUCGCCGCGCCCGAUCUGCGCCUGGCCGCCUUCCGACGCGGAGGAUGACGAGGAGGACGACCUCGAGACGCUCCGCGCGAUACAGCGUCGCUUCUCGCACUACCACUCCGGUACCUCCACUGGUCCACUGGAGAACAUGAAAAACGAGGCAUCAAAAGGAGGGGAUGAUGAAUUUAUUGCACAUCAACCUGGUGAAGAGGAUGUACAGAAGAAAAAUAUGAAUGCAAACACUCAAACUGGGUUCCCAAAAGCUGCACUGUUGUUAGUGGAUGCUCUCAAGAAGAACAGAGCAUGCCAGAAGUUUAUUAGAAGGAAGAUGAUUAACAUCGAAGCAAAGAUUGAAGUAAAUAAGGAUCUUAGGGAUCGUGUCAAAUGUCUUAUGGAUUAUCAGUACAGCUGCAGAAGAUCAUUUGGCAAAGUUUUGUGCCAGAAGGUGGAUCCUCGUGUUCGAUUGAUUUCCUCUCAAAAACAAAGCGCACAAUCCGCAAAGAAUAAAUAUAAGACGCCUGCAUUACUUCUCGGCCCAGCUGAGAACCCUCAUGUUGAGAAGUAUAAAGCAGUUCUGAAGCAAUUCCCAGUGUCGCUUCAGAAGCAUCCAUGGUCAGAUAUAGAGAAAGACAGGCUUGCUAAAGGAAUAAAGCAGCAGUAUCAGGAAGCGUUAAUUAAGGACUCAAUGAAGAAUGGAAGUUCCAGUGGUGACUUCAGUGCUGUCGAUAUGGCUUAUGCACUGACAAACACUGUGGGUAAUUUUGAGGCGACUCCUGAGAUUCUCCGGUCAGUCUUGCCAUUAGUAAACUGGGACUAUGUUGCUGCUAUGUACCUGCCUGGUCGAUCCGGUGCUGAAUGCGAAUCAAGGUGGCUAAACCAUGACGACCCACUGAUUAAUCACAAAGCCUGGACUGCAUGUGAGGAGAAAAGACUUAUACUAACUGUCCAAGAAAAAGGAAUGCAUAACUGGAUUAAUAUUGCGGUUGCGUUGGGUACACAGAGAACACCUUUCCAGUGCCUUGCCCGUUAUCAACGAAGUCUUAAUCCCCACAUAUUGAAGAGGACCUGGACAAAAGAGGAAGAUCUUCAACUUUUAGCUGCCGUCCAAACUUUUGGUUGUAACUGGCAACUUGUAUCAGCUAAUCUGGUUGGUCGCAUUGGCAACCAGUGCUCUAACAGGUACAGGAAAACUCUAAUCCCUGAAAGGAAAAGGGUGGGGAGAUGGUCUGAGGACGAGGACAAGCGCCUCAUGGUAUCUGUCAAGCUUUUUAGGUCUGGCAGCUGGAAUAAGAUUGCUCAGUUUGUUCCUGGCCGCACACAAAGUCAAUGCAGCGAGAGGUGGCGUAAUGUUCUUGAUCCGGAUAUAGAGCAUGGGGAAUGGCGCCCUGAAGAGGAUUCGAAGUUAUUGGCUUCCGUCCAUGAGGUUGGUCCCUGCUGGUCCAAGAUUGCUGGGGCUAUGAUUCCUCACCGUACUGAUAAUAUGUGCUUGAGGCGAUGGAAAAGACUGUGUCAAGAUGAAUUGCCUUUAAUGAUAGCAGCCAAUCAAGUAAAGAAAUCUAUUUUCCAGACCAACUUUGUUGAUAGAGAAACAGAGCGACCUGCAAUUUGCCCCAGUGACUUCCCAUCACUUGUGUACUCGAAAGUUGACAAGGGUGAUGAGAACACUGUGAGUGAUCAAGUCAAGAAACCUCGAAAACGGUCGAGAAAAUCAAGUGUGGAUAACGUGCCACCUAACGAUCCAUCAAAGUCUUCUGCUGAUGCUGCCGCUGUAAACACCACCAAGAGAAAACCAAGGAAAAAAUUAUCUGGAAUUGGAGCUGAAAACCAAACUGGAGAGGAUAUAACUGUGUCUGAUGGUGUCAACAAUUCCUCUAGGUGCCACCACAGCAAAGCUAGGAAGAGGAAAGUUACCACUGAUGGCGAUGUGGUUGUGCAACCAGGAAUGAGGGGAUCAAUCUCUGUUGAUAAAGAGCUCACCCUAGAUAUACUUGGGGGCCCUAUCAGUUUCGAUAAUGAGGCACCUACUAAUCAAAAGAGGGACCCUACGUCUGUCGGUAAAGAAGGCACAGCUAAAAAGAGAACAAGGGGCUCUGUGUCUGUCGGCAACGAGGGAGCUGUCAAAAAGAAAAUGAGGGGCUCUAUCUCUGUUGGUGAUGGGAGAGCAGUCAAAAACAGGAUGAGGGGUUCAGUCUCUAUUGACAACCAAGGCAACACAACGAAAAGGAAGAGAGUAUCAAGGAAAUCAGCCAAAGGCAAUUCAAAAACAGAUGGUGAGGUGAACACUUGUGAGAUGGACCUUCCAAGUGUGCCCUCUGAAGCUGCUGCAGAAAGAGGCAUUCAUACUGGAAAUACGAAUAAGAUGAAGCGGAAGUCUACUCCAAGACCCAAGCUGAUAAACAUGGCAGAAGGGACCGUCGAUGAAUAUUCACGGCUUGCUGAUUGCAUUUCCUUUGCCCGUGGAAAUGGAACCAGCAAGAACAAUAGUGUCAUGCCGAUAAAUAAUGCCGUGCAAUCAGGCGGGCCCUCGGGUGAAAACCUACAGGUGGCCAUUUCGGCUCGACUGGAUCCAACUUCUGUUGAGAAUGGCAGCACACCAAAUACUCAAGUUGUCGAUUAGAUGACAAUCAUUGAACAGUUUGGUUUCUUCUCUUGUAUAAAGAGGGGUUUUCCUAUGCGGAACAGUUUGUGACUGCAGAUGACGAUCAUUGACCGCUCCAACUUUCUGAAGCUAGAGAAGCAAGAGGACAGAGGGGCAAAGGGAGGGUUUGGGCACCCAGUCAGCUGAAGGCGCAUCAACCUGGCUGGCUUGCCUCUGAUACACUAGUUUGUGUUCAUUUUCAGGUUCUGAUUGAGCAUCUCAACAGCUCCAUAGCAUAGCAGGCCCCUUAGUAGAAGGUUUCUGUCAAGUAAUUCAAGUGUGGAGUUCAUUGUUUUGUACUUUUAAGCUGCCACAUCUCAUUGGUUGAAUUUAAACAAAGGCUGUUGAUUUGUAAAAUUGUACAAAACCUGUUCAGAUCAUUAUAAUGAGCUACCAUGUUGGAACCUUA